UUGCGUUUACUACCGUAUUCAACUUUGACAAGAUACUUGGAGUUGUGUAGUGUAGAUUUUCAGGUGGACCAAUCAGUUAGUCAGCUAGUUACUGACAAGUUUUAUUUGCCUGAAAAGAUUCCUGAAUGGUCUGUCUGGUGUGACCAUUACGAAAGUUGUGGAAGUCGAAAAAGACGCUUGGAAGAAGAAAAGAAAGAGGAGGACAAGAACUGUGGAGCUUUUCAGUUUGAUUCACCGUCAAGGAAACGACGCAAGGCUGACGUUUCGAUUAUUUGUAUUGAUCUUGAAAGUGAAACUGAACUAACAACAUCCUCUCAAUCAUCCAGCGAGCUUUCUACUACUCAAUCUUCUGAACCUCAUAGUUCGCAGUCGUCCACCGACAUACCUUCGCAGUCGUCUAAUAAACCAUCUUCAUUGAGUGAGCAACCAAAAGCUGA